CGACCGGAAAUUCAGUGAUUUGGGGCACGCGUUCUUUGACGCUAGGGACGAUGAUGCGAGAGUGGAUGAGCUCAGAUCUGAGAUAGAAGAGUGUAACGUGCGAGAGGAAGCUCUGCAAAAGAACCUCGUAGCCAAGAGAAGGUGUGCAAUGCGGAUUACAUCUCGUAAUUUCCUCGACUGUGGAGCACGAAGAAGCUCAGAUGCUGAUGAUCUUCCGCAGUAAGUUCCUCGCUGCGGCGAUUUCGCACUCUCAGACCUACUGCCGUAGCCUGAGCACGAAGAUUGUCCAAACUUUGCCGCGCGAGGUCCGCGACAUGAUUUACGUCUAUUUGUGCGACCGGAUGCCGCGAGUUUCAAUCAGUCCCAUCAAAGAUACGCAGAAGGCACCGUGGCGCGGCCUAGAUAGCAUUCAGGAAGCAGAAACUGCUGGCUGGGCGUACAUCCAUCGGAUCGAGACCCCACUUCCCCAUCUAUUCUCCCGCAAAUAUCUCCAGAAAGACUUUCUCUUCGAACUAGCAGCAAGUUUGUACCAAACGGCCACAUUUCACAUCUGGGACGCGGACGACAUCGUCGAUUUCCUAAACCAGGACCUUCUCGGCGCCGGCUGCAUCCCAAAACGCCACAUCAGGAAGCUGUCCCUCGUUGUCUUCACCGACGAGCACGGCUCGCGUUGCCGCUCGAAGCGCCAGAUCCGCGAAAAAAUCGCCCCACUCGCCCACCUCUUCGACAUUCGGCACCGCAGCGGCUUCCACCUCGACCUCCACCUGUGCAUCCACCGCGCAAAGCUGCGCCCCAACGUCGCCCGCUUCCACCAGCUGCUGCUGCCGCAGCUGCGCGAGCUGCUCGACGCAGGCUUCGCGCUGCGCUUUCCCCGCAUCAAGUACCACUACGACGUGCAUCGCCGCAGCGACAGGUCGAUGGCGAAUCAGCUGCAGGCUUCAAACUCGCGGGAUUCAGAGGAUUGGGUGGUCGAUGCGGCGGAGCUAGAUGCGUGGGAAGAGUCGGAAUAUGUGCGUGAUGCGUUUAAGAAGAGUGCGAUGCAUCGCGGCGAGUAUUCGGGGGAUGAUUAUGACGGGUACGACUCUGAGUUUGAGGAGGAGGAGGAUGGUGAAGGAGAGGAAUUGCCUGAGGACUUUGUGGAUGGGGAUGUGGACUCUGAUGAUGACGGGGGGUAUGGGUCGUAUUGAGGGCGGGGGAACCAGUGGGACUGAGCGUGGAUAUGGUCGUUAUGUUUAGCGAGUACUUGUCGCUUUCGUGCUGCAUUUAGGAUCGUAGUGUUACAGGACUCUGCGCACGCGCAUUCCUA